AUGGAAAAUGAAAAUAAUAUUUGCACCAAGAGUGACGUACCAAGAAGUAAAACAAUAUGGAAUUCAGAGAGUUUGAAUUUUUUCUUAGAUUUCUGUAUCAAAGAGGUUGAUAAUGGGCAUCAUCCUACUACUUAUUUAGAUAAAGUUGGAUAUGCAAACUUGAUUACAAAUAUGAAGAAAGCAACUGGAAGAGAUUACACUAGACCACAAUUGAAAAAUAAGUGGGAUGGAUUAAAAAAUGAAUGGAAGCAACUCAAGGGAAAAGAAACUGGCUUAGGAUGGAAUAUAAAAAAGAAUACAAUUGAUGCAACUGAAGAUUGGUGGAAUAGUAAAUUACAGAGUCAUCCAGAUGCUGCAAAGUUUCGCAUUCGGGGAAUUGAACCAGAGGUAGAGGAAAAAUUAGAUAGGAUUUUCAUGAACACUGUUGCUACAGGAGAGUAUGCUUGGACACCUUCAUCUGGAAUAAUUCCAUCUGAGUCUGAAAAACCUUUUAACAAUAUUGAAACCUUACAUGAACAACUUGAGAGUAGUGACAAUGAUCUGGAGAUGCCUAAUGCUAAUAGAUUUCUUAGAGAGAAAAAUAACAAGAGAUUAGCCGAGCCACUUGAGAAACAAAAUAAAGCAAUGAACACAUGGAAAAGGAAAAAUGAAGAAGACAGGGCCUUUAAUGAUAUUUGA